UGGGGUUAUAGACACUCAUCCUUAGUGCCUUCAGAGAGUAAAAGCUCUGGAACUGGGGUUGCAGGCAUCUGUGAGCCACCUGAUGAGGGUGCUUGGAGUUGAACCCUAGAUUUCUGGAAGAGCAGAAAAAAACCCUUAACUGCUAAGAUCUUUCUCCAACCCGUUUGCUUUGAGUAACAGGUUACCAAGUACCCCAGCCUGGCCUCAACGCCCCCUAUAUGCCUCAGACUGUCCUCGAACUUGUGAUCCUUCUCCCUCCCCCUCCCCAGAACUGGGAUUACAGAUGUGUGCCACAACGCCUGGUUUAAUUGUUUUCGUUCUUUUCCCUCUCAGCUCUUCCUCAUCAGAGGGUCCUGAGAACCAUCUGUGGCUCCUGGGGAUCUCUCCUGCCCAGGCCUCAGGUACUUCUGGUGUGGAGCGCCGCUGGCACCUGCCCUGGCCCGGCCCCGGCUCUGCUCGGGGCCCCGCGCAGGCCCUGCUCUUCCGGCAUUUAAGGCGCGCAGCCGGCGCGGCUGCAGCUCCGGGCGAUUGAGAGUCACAGCCGGCAGGACGCACGAAUCAGGAUGGGCUGCAGGCACAGCCGGCACAGCCGCGGCAAGCGCGCGGAGAAGGUGGAAGAGACACAGACAGAACUUCUGGAGACACUGGACAAAGAGGGAAGGAUCCUGGAAGGAAGGCAUGAGGAGACUGGGCAAGUCCAGCAGACAUCGAAUGCACAGGAGAAAGAUGCUCUUAGUGACUGCGUCCUAGAGGCCAAAGCCUCAUUGCAGAACACGUGUGCAAUUCAUGUCCCACCACAAGAGGCCAGACAAGCCAAGAUGAACAAGGUGGACGGGUCCAUCCUUAGCCGACUCUAUAGAAACCACAUCCAGGAUUAUGGGAGCCCUGGCCCGUUCUGGGAGCAAGAGCUGGAGAGUCUGCACCAUGUUAUUGAGAUGAAGAAUGAGCGAAUUCAUGAGCUCGAGAAGCAGCUCUUCCUCCUGGAGAUGCUGGCAGCUCCGGAAAGACCUACUUCAGGACCUCGAAAAGGAGUCACAGAAUGGCCACUGCUGCAACAGACGGAGAAGCCACUGAAUAUCUGAGUACUAGAGGCCAGCACCUCCUCCAUCUUACCUCGCCCUCUGAUACACUUCAAAGGCCUCUGCCCUCAGUGUAAAGGAAGGAGCAGGGACUGGGCCUACCAUGGUUCUGAGACUCACUGCUCCCUCCAAAGACUCUGUGGAAAAGAGAGCAAAAGCCACUCCAUUCUUCUCCCAGGAUGGAUGAGGUGGGGGGUGGGGGUGGGGAGAGCUCCUACAAAGCUGGUGGGGAAGCUUGGGGCACCAAGACCACCCCUCAAAGUGCCUUUCCUUAGUCGGCCCAGGGAACAAGCAGGUAGUUAUCUCCGUCCCUUUGCUCUGUCCUCAUGAGAGCAUUCAAGACGUCUCCCAUGGCAGCUGGAGCCAUUUGUACCAUGGGACAAAGAGGGGCAGUCCCAAUCCCAGACCAUCACCUUUGCUGACAAAUCACCAACCUAUCAAGUUCUUAGUGCCACACCCAUAACUCUGACUCAGAGAAAAAACGGUAAAAGACACAAUCCAAGAAAAAGGAACACAGUAUUGUUUUUAAUGAGAGGGGUCUUAACACAUAGCCUAAUCUUGAACUCAAAGUCACUCUGCCUCAGCCUCCUGAGUGCUGGGAACAUGGGCAUGUACUACCACACCCAUAAGGGGUUGAAUCUGCUAUAGAGCUAAGCACUGUUACUAUAUUUAAGUAUAUUUAUCUAAGGUUUUAAUGUGAAAAUUAAUUUUUUUUUGUUAAAAUAAAACUCUAUUUUUCAUGUCCUUUUCA